AUGAAUCAUAAUUACUUUAUUAUUUUAUUUCUUGCAAUUUUCCUUAUACAAGUUGAAAAAAUCCACGGCGGAUAUCGUCCUGUUGGAGAAGGUGAUCAGACUAGUGGUGGUUCUGAGAUUCAAAAGGUGACAUUUUCAUCAGGAAAAAUCACAGUUACGACUAAUAUCGAAGAAAAGGAUCAAAAUGGAAAUAAUAAACAUACGGAGGGAAUCGGUCACUUUACCUUCAAUUAUAAUGAUGCCAAUGGCAAACAUGUCGAAGUGCGUAUUAAUAAGGCGGCCGAACUUGUUAAUAACCAUGAUUGUAGUGGUAACGUUGACCCUAAUGAAGUUAAUCCAUUCACAAAGAUCUGGAAGUUUGACUCAGCAGUAACACCUCCAUCUGGGACAGAUGUUGCCGUUUAUCUAUCAAUAUAUUGGGAUUGUAUGGUGGCACCGAAGGUAAUGGUAGAAUAG